AGGACGUUUCAGCUUAAGUCAAUGAAAAGUUUCAUUUUCAAACUUGGCUUUUAUAUACUCUCAUGCAUGUAUUCAUCAAGGUGAUUCAAAGUGCGACUUUCGGUUUGGGAGCGUAUUUGAAUCUGCCGGAGAAUGGUGUAGAUUCUGUCAGUUUCGUAACUUUGUCGAACAUUUCCUGAUACAACACUGGCUUUGUGAGUCUGUCGAAUUUCAAUGCUUACGAUUCACUUUCAAUGUAAUUUAGCUGUGGUUUAAAAAUAUGUGAAGAAUAAGCUGAUUCCUGGUUUAUUUGUCCACCCAAAGGAUUGUAAAUUAGCGAAUCAUGGGUUCGAAGUUUACUGUAAUUACUAAGUUUUGAGAAACUGAAGCUUCAUGAGGCCUCAAAUUGUAGGAGUUCCUUAUCUACAGCAUAUAAGUUUACAAACAGCUGCGGAUUUGCAGUUCGUUCACUCCUAUUAAAAGAGCCAACAUUCUCAUAACCUUUGUAAUGUCUGAAAACGGAAGUUGUCAGUGUCAUCACCCACCUUAAAGCGUAGAUUCAUAGAUGUUUCUUUUUGAGUGUGUGGUAUUUAGUGACUACUACAUGCAUAUAAAUACAAAAGCUUAUAGACAGUGUUAUUGGUGCUAUUCACUUUUCACAAAUGAUAUGAAGGAUUUGCUUUCAGAAACCGACGGCAACUGCCUUUUCACGUUAAGGGAGGUCUUGGACUUUCGUGAUUCAAACUGCUAAAAAAACGAAAGCAUAACGAUCUAAACCGUUGUAAGUAGUCAUUUUGUAUUGCGUUUGUGAAUCAGAUGACAGCUGCGGUUUCAGGAGAGUUUUCACCAAGAUUUCACAGACAUCAUUUCAUUCGGUAAAGUUUGUAACAUCUCAAGUUUUUAUUUGGGAUAUCUGUAAUUCUGAAGGUGAUCGUCCUCUGCUUGUUGAUAGUGCUUGGGUUGUUACAGGUUGGUCUUAGUUGAGGAUGCAUAAACAUAUUUGAAAUUGGUAGUUCGCUUAAAUAAUCGUUGUUUAAAAUUCUUCUUCGGUCGGUUUUUCCUCUAUGUUCGUAGUUAAAGACAGCUUUAUUUGGGGAACAUCUUUUAGGGUCACGUGAGGAAACUUUCAAAGUCAAUUUGAGCAUUAGUUUUGAAUCUGUAAUUUACUGGUUAUUAUCUGCAGCUUUUUAUGCUGGGCGUAAUCUAAGCCAGGUGGAUUGAAACUAUACUGUUUGUCAUUCAAAAAAGUAAUUGUAGGUUAUCAGCACUUAUAAAGCCUUAGAUCACUGAAUUACUUGUAUUAGGACCAAAGCAAUGGCCUCUUACGAAAAACACACCAUGCUCUUAAGUUACCGUCUGCAACAGCAUGCUUUUUCUAGAAGCUAGUUAUAUUACGUGCAUUAGUUACUUCUUAGGCAAAAUUUCGAAGUUAGAAUACCGUGUAGGUUUGUAAUUAGUAAAUUAUAAUCGUAUUUUAAAGACGUUACCCGCUAAGCUGUGAAGGAAGCGUACUGCGUUAAGACUAAUGGUAACGCGGCGAGAGAACCUAAGCAAGUGAGUCAAACACUUAACUGGGUAUUUAAGUCUUUUGGUUAUGACUGCGUGAAACAAAAGAAGGGGAAACUAAAAAAGUGAAUGAUCAGUUUUCUACAUGAGAUGCGAUGUCUUCUUAUACUUCUGUCAAAAAAUCAAGUCCGGUGGUUACGUAAUAACCAACUAAGUACUCGACUGUCCUCUAGCUCUGAUUAGUGGCAAGUUUCUAUAUGUCAUCCAAAGCCCGGAACAUCAGUUUUUCCAAGUGCCAGUGGACCUUUUGUGUGCAAAAGGAUAGUUGUAAAAUCAAUUAAACAAAAGCUAAUUGUAUCACAUGUAGCUUCAGAAAUAGAUGUUUCACUCUUAUGUCCUAAGAUAGUAUUUCCUUCUCUUACGAAACAAUGCAAGGCAAGUUUGUUGGCAGUCAAAUAUCGAAAUCUCCAAAUUUCCAACAUUUCUGCUUAGUAUGCGAUAAUGUGUUGAGAUAGAGCAUAAAGACUUGUUAAUUUCAUUAAGGUAGGUAGUUGCGCCAGCUUGGGUCUUCCAGCUGUAAGCAAAUUCUAUGAUUGAUGCUAAGAACUUAUGUCAUUCUUAAUCUGGGAAUCUGACUGAGUACCCGGUUAAAGCCCAGUAUCUUGUGCAAGAUGAAAAGAUGUGUUCAGUGAUGGACAUCCUACAAACAACACGGUUGUGGUGAAGCCAUUGAGUAAUCAAUACUUUAGUUAAGCUCAUAGUUUCGGACAGGGAAGUUUAAGCAUUCGGUGAGACUGUGAAGGUGCUUCAGCUGGUUGUUUUGAUGUGGGUCGUUGGUGUAUCCACUCGACCUUUAACCACGGGGUCACAGGUCCGAACCCUGCUCCACCUACCGAGGUUUGGGCUGCCGGAUAGUAUCAAUAGGCCUCACACUAUAUGCGUGGCUCGUCGCCUACUACACGGAAGUACACAAGGUGGCUGGGUGCGUUUCAUUCUUUUUGGGCUCGUCGGCUGGACGUACCUACAACCCAGUGAGUGUUGUUCCCACUAGGACUCGAACUCGGUACCCAUCACUUCAAAUGCUAAAUGCAGGAAAGCCACCACUUGUGCAACUUGUACCAGCUGUUGUUCACUGAUUGUAAUUUCCACUGCUAGCCACUAAAUAGACUAUAAUAUAGUGAAUAUCCAGGCAGUAUUGAGGCAUCUGCAUUGGAGCCCAUCUGCCAACAGAGGUCUGGCAAUUCUGUCUAUUGUAGCAACGCGCAAUUAAAAGUACCACUAAACCUCCAUGGAUGGAGGGACAUCAAAAGCAAAAUGUGAGGCUCCGAAUAAGGUCAUAAUAUGAGUAUUUAAGCCUACAAAGUACCUUAAAGAAAAAUUUCGUCGGCUAAGGAAUCUUAUUGAACCUAUUCAACAAAAUUUAGUCUAUCAAAUUCUAUGCAAUAAUUUUGGGAUCAAAUACAAAAACAAACUAGUCGACUGAGUUUAUGUAGCUUAGUAAAACAGAAAUCUAGCGUAAUAUAAAUGGUUAACCGUGGAAAAAUGAGAAAUCUGAAAACAACUUAUCCAUAGCUAAGCAUCCAGUCACUAUCGAUAGAAUGUGUAGAAUGAUAACGGGUAAGUAGAGACAUCGAUAACUAAGGUUUUGUGUAUCGGAUAGACGCGACACCAGUUGUGGAGAAGUGGGGAACUACUGAUGCAGUCAAAAGAUGAAGAAUAGUAAAACUUAGAACGAUACCGAAAGGUUGAUUGAUUACUUUGAAAUGAAUAUGACUACUAAAUUCUGCUCGAAACGUCAUUAGUAAAUAAUACUGUUUCACUGUAAAAUGCGUGUAUUAAGAGAACUUUAGUCGAGUUCUUCUCUGCUAUAUUGCGUGAAUACUAAUAUUUCCUUUGCUAUCCAGUUGACUAGGUACAGUUCUUCAAUUAGUCGGACGAAGGAUAUUAAAGUCAGCAUUUUGAUUAUUGUCAUGUGUAUUUGAGGAUAGGUCUUCGAGAGGAAGAUGAACUUCUCGGGAUUACUUAAUCGCCAGUAUUGUGAAAUCAGGUGUACACUAACGUAGGACCUGCCAUAAACACAUCGGUCCAUGUUGCUACUCUUCACUACAGCGCAAUAAGGGAUUCAGUAAAGGGAAUGACAAGAGAAUAUCAACAAUUACUAAAAUACAUGACAAGGAACACAAAUAUAUUACAGUACGGUUUAAAAAAAGAUAGCGUGGGUUCGUCUGUUUUAAGCAGCACACCUGAUUACCAACGAAUGAUACAUGUUUAAUGACAAACAACCACAAAAAUGCAGAUGCUUGUUAAUACAGUUGUGCUAUUCAUAUACGAAAAUACCAGGCGGAAUUAUUGUGACAACACUAGUAAGUUGUCACAUGUUGAUAUGUGUAUGAAUAUGAAAAUCUUGAAUAUUUCAGAUGUUUCGAGGUCCUUAUAUUUGGUGUGCUCAGGCUCGCGGCAUGACUUUGCUCCAACAAAUUAUACAAGAUGGCAUUAUGCGGGAAUUAGUGUGAUUGGUUAUCUCACUUGGGUGUAGACUAAGUAAACACUUUCGGAACCGGGUAUCUUUCCAUAUCUACUACAAGUAUGCUUCUGUCGGGCCAUAGCUAUAGGAAGAUCACUUUUGUGGAUUAUUUUUGUUUCGUAUUUCUUGGCCAAUAUAUCUCGGUGAACUAAAAUAGUCACGAUUUUUCUGUACGGUAUAUUUUAUUUUCACAUAAAUUAAUAUCUCAAAUGCUCGUAAUGUAAUACAUUUUAUGCUGACUAUUUCUAGUCUUAUUUUACUAUGAAUCCUGGAAUUUUUUAGUUUCAUAAUUUUCAUGAACACGUAUCCUAUUCUUAAUCAUGCAUUAUUAUCGAAUACAACUUACUUUUUCAGAUAUCUACUUUGGCUCUGAUGCUUCAGGAACCUAUUCUUCAUCUUAGUUCGGAAAAGGAGAACCUCAAUACAACAUUCUUUUCAACUGUGUCUCAUUCCAAAGAAAGACUGACAAAGCUAGUGUUGAAGAUAUUAAACGUUUUUGCGUAACUUCUACUCAGGACAAAAAAAUGCCAGGAGUUUCUACUGUAACUCGUACUCAAGGUCAUUGCAGAUCUGGUUCCACCAACACCGACUCUGUUUUGUCCUUCCGAAUUCUCAAGUAUCAUCCAAAUUACGAGCAGUUGGUGAACCGACCUUAAAAAAGUCAUCUAGCUACCAAAAUAUAAAAACUGUCAAUUCUGGGAAAAGCCAAACAACCAUGCAUUUAUCAAAUUUACAAGCUAUUCAGCCAGGGAAAAAAAGAAAUCUCAAUCAUAAACAGAAGCAUCAUGGUAGUGUAGCUAACAUCCCGACAGCUUGUUCAAAAAAUACAGAGCUUACUUCUUCAGAACCACAUUUUCAGACUCAUCUCAAUACCCAGUCUAACGCCCAUCGCAUAUCUGUUAAUAGUGACUUACUUUCGCGUGUAGAAAGGGAAAAAAAGCAAUUUGAAGCUCGGAUUUCUGAGUUAACCCAGAUUACAGAAACACGUAAAAUGGAAAUUGAGAAGUUGACAUUCGAGGUGCGUCGUGCUAAGGAAGAGGCAUCAAAAGCCCUGUCAUUGGUGGACGAAGCUAAGCUUGAAAAUACCCAACUGAGAAAUCAACUGUUAGCUCUCGGAAGUCCAUGCAAAAAAGACGGAGACCAGUGGUCCACAGUCGAAACGCAUCAAAAUACAAAGCAAAGUUUAACUACUUCGAAUUCACGUAGACUUGCAUACACAUCAUCUCCUCCAGAAUCUCUUGGUACAACCACACGUCUUACACCAGGUGGAGCCACCACUGCUCUUACCGGAGCUGUUACUGCUAGCUCUAGAUCAAGCGAAUGGAAUGAUACUGUUCCAGGAUUUGAAUUGUGUCCUACCGACGAACCUACAACGUAUGAUGCUAAUUAUCUCGGUGAUUUAGAAAGUCUAAGAGAUAUCAGAAGUCAGAGCGAAAAUGCGGUUGUCAGUGUAGCCACAUUACAAGGGCGUCUGUUGCAAAUGGAAGAGGCUAACUACACUACUAAUGAGGAACUUCAGGCCACCUUACAAGAACUGUGGGAUUUACAGCGGAGUGUAGAUGAGGCUCAUGAACAAGCACACAGUCUUGCUUUUGAACGUGCAAUUUUACUAGAAGCUCUUUCAACUCAAACUUCGAAACUUGAACAUUGUCGUUUUCAAAUUGAACAGUUGAAAUACUUAUUACUCACAGACCGUAGCGCCCAAACGCCUGGUACACGAGAACAUCAUUUUUGUGAGUUGUAUUCAUCCAUUGAACAAGAAAAGCAAGUGUUACUUGGUCAAAAUAAUGACUUGGUUCAGAGUUCUGAAAGCUUAACCCAUGAAUGCCAUAUUUUGACCGAGAAAGCCUCGGCCUUACAGGAUAGCUAUGAUGCUUUAGAAGCUGAGUACUCAUCUUUGGAAAAACUUUAUCAGUCUGUGUUUUCAGAAUUAAAUGCACUUAAGAGCCGAAUUUCUAUAGAUUGUCUCAAUGGUCCACAAGAUUCAUUAGACCACUUGAAGGUAGCUAGCGUUGCUGUUCAAACUGACAGUGUCUUCUUCAUUGAUUCACCGAAAAGCCCACAAUUGGUAUCCGAUAUUGAAGAUCAAAAGAAACUGAAUGAAAUCACUACUGAACUGCAUAAAGUAAAAGAUAAGUACGAACUUUUACUUUGUGAGCGUGAGAGAGAACAAACUGAAUGGCGAUUGUAUGAACGGGAUUUACUCAAGGCUGUUCAAGUAGCUGAUGAGAUUAAAACGGAGUCUGAACUAGAGUCCCGCAGGCUGAACUUAGAAAAUUCAUCUCUAAAGGAGCAAGUUGAAAAAUUAACAAAAGAAUCCAAUCAGUUGCACUUGGAAAUUGGAUCACUAAAAGAUAAAGUCAAUUUGUUGUCAUCUAAAAACCCUGAAACUGAACAUCGAGAUUUAACAACUGCGAAUAAUCAUCAGUCAGAGGCGUUGAAUAAACAAAUGACUGGUCCUUUCUCAAUAUUAUCUACAACAUCUGCAUCAAAUCAAGCAGUAUUACCAACUGUUGUCAAAAUGUUUGCUCAAACAGCUCUUCUACAGCUGCUACCACUUACCUUUCAACAAAUACACCUAAUUCGUGUCGUCUGA